AUGACCAAGAAGUUGAGGAAUGACCUCCUAAGCUUUCUUAAGGCUGUUGGCAAAAACCACGACUCAAAAACUUUUCUUGAGAAGGACAAUGAAUUCUCAUCACUAGUUAGUGAUUUGGUGUUUGAACUGGGAAAAUCUCACAACAUCUCUUCGAAUGUUUAUCCACUUACAGACGAGUAUGAAUAUACCAACUUCGCAAACAGCUUGGAAAAGUUUUUGGUAUCUUAUGGUUGCCCAUAUUCAGUGCUAAUGGAAGGACCUAUUUCUGACCGCUUUUCUUCUGUUAAUAAUCGUAGUUUGCUUUUACAAUAUCUAUGUUCAGAGAUAAUGGCUGUUAAACAAUUGUCUACAUUGAAGUCUGUUGGUAAACAAAGUAAUGAACAUUUCAUGGAUGUGGACAGUUCAGAGGAUAAUGUAGAAAUUCUAUCCUGUUUUCAGAAAGCGUUUAAAGCUCUUGGCUUAAAAAUGCCUCCUGAUGACUCAGCACCUACUGUAAUAUAUUCUUGUCUUCAAAAAGGUAUAUCCGAUAGUCUUUCAAGAUGCCCACCCAAUCAUAUGGGGAAAUCAAUUAUCCCACUGACUGGUAUUAGUGAUCGCCAAUGGUCACAGAUAAUGCGUAUCGCCGCAUUACUACAACAGCAAUAUUCCAGUCGCCAAGCUACUCUUUUAAAACGUUUAGAUGUUACUGUACAAAGUUUUAAAUGGUCAGAUAAAGCGAAAUCUAGUUUAGAUAAAAUCGCUUCUGUAUAUAAUCCAAUCCGUGAGAGAAUGGGUCUAAUUCCAUAUCCUGGUAUUCCUAAUGUCUUAGCUGUACGUGACAACAUGAUAUUGCAAAUUGAAAAGACAGGUGGUACCAGUGCACGUCGUUAUACAUCAUGUGAAUUGAACAAAAUUUUAAUUGGUAAAGUAAGUGUAGUUGUUGACAAUUAAUGACGAAAAAUGUGAUUUAUUUUUUAUUGUCAUUGCUCACAGGUUUGUAUUGUUUCUGGGUUUAGUCAUCAUAUCCAAUGCCUUGCAAAGUACUAUAGAUCUUUUUCAUUUAUACAUGUUUAACAGGUACACGACAUUCAUGAUGUUCUGAAAGACAACCAAUGAAUGCCGACCUGUACAUUGGAAGGUUCUCAAGUGAUUGAGGGUUCAUGCGAGAUCAAAUUUGUGUGAAACUAAUAGAUCCGUGAUACAUCACGACAGCCUGCCUGGACAUUAAACGAUGCUUAUCCUGAGGGUUUCUGGUCCCAUAAUUCGGACAGUACGCCUUUUGAUCUCUGUUCACCAGACUUAGCUCCUUGCAACUGAUUUCUCUGUAUUUGUUAGAUGAUUGAAUAGCGACAUAGGCGAAGCAAGGUGCGAACGUAGUACCUCUAACGGUUGAAAUUCGAGCAUUCUACCUUCACUUUAAGAUGAUUAUAUCUCUUUCAUUAAUGAAAUCUGCGACCAUGGUAAUAUUUGUCUCUUCUGGUUUCAUGUGAAUUACUGCGUUAAAAAUAACACUCAUUUGGCCUGUCUUUCUUGGAAAAGACCUUCGAAUACACUAUCGGAGUUAUUUUUGAAAAUCAGUUCCUAUAGCUGACACAUACAACCGCUUAUUCUGAUACUUCACUUUACCAUUGUUGCUAACGUCUUUUCCUAUCAACCGAAAAUGGUACUGAUUUAUUACAUAUUUUUUGUCUAUUUUAUGGGUCCCUGAUCGAGGUGGUAGAGC